GCAAAGGCCGUGUGUGUGUUAACUUCCAGUUUUACCUGAAGUCUACCUUUAACCCCGAAAACAACAGCGAGCAGGAGAGCCGGUAAACAAUGUGUGUGUUCUGACUUCAGGACUACAAAGAGAGUGUGUAUAUAUUUUGGUGGUGUGUUUGUGUGUGUGUGUGGUCACCAUGGUUCUCCUCAGGCGGACGGCGAGGCCUCGUCACCUGCUGCUGGCGGCCAUGUUGGCACUGCUCCUCUUCUUCAGCUCCUUCUGGCUCCCUCAGGGUGGAGGCAGAGACUGUGGCAGCGCUGGGCAGCCAUGUUUGAAGUCUUUCCGGCCAACGGCUGUGCCCCCAUUGGUUGCCGGCGAAGCCCCGCCCCUCAUUAAGGAGUGUCCCGGCCAAUCGUUUCAGGCCGGGCAGCUGCUGAAGUAUUUAAAGCUCAGCCUGAGCGACCCCGAUGACGUCCUGCUGGGGCCUUACCUGCAGGGCUGGGAUCAGCUGCUCAAAUUCAUGAACUCCCUCGGGACGAUGGUCAGUUUAUUCUCCGGGAAAGUGACGGAGAAAAUAGUAGCGAUACAGGAGCUGUCACUCAAACACAGCGCAAAGGAUCAUGGGAAACGUAGUCUACACACCCCAGCCGCAUUUGGACUGAAAACAGGGGCGUAUCGUUCGCUCCGAAGCAUGGUGAAGGUGGAGCUACAGGAGGGCGUGGUCGACUUCUCCCGCCGCACAGACUCCGGCUGCAGGACGCUGCUGCGGCUGCACCGAUCGCUGCUCUGGUUAAAACUCAUGCUGGAGGGUUUGGCCGAAGGACCGGGCACCGACGGAGAGUUCAAAACACCUGGAGAGCUGUGCAGGAACGCCUACAUUGUGGCUCUGGCCCCCCACCACCCCUGGGUGCUGCGUCAGGCGGCAGAGUUCGUGUUCCUCGCCCUGCCGGACCGACAGUACUUCCUGCAGCUGGUGUGUGUGCGGAGCCAGCGGGAGGCCACGCCCGUCCUGCGGAUCAUCAUCGACGCCCUGGCGCUCGUGCAAACGCGGACGCAGCGGAUCCUCGCCGAACACGACAUGCUCGAGCUGCCCUGAACGCACCGCGACGCACACAAAGAAACCAGUGUGGAAAAAAAACUACAAAUGUGGGACUUUAUUUUCUUCAACAGAGAACAAAGUUUAUUCAUUAUGCAAGAGAGGAGCACAGAAGCGUGGCUGCAGGAGUAAGGCAUGUGUGCUUAAUAUUUGAGCGAUAUCUGGUAUGCAAAACAUGCACUUUAAGGCACCAUGCUGCAUUCAGGAACGCGUGGGAUUUGUUCACUUUAACUAAACAUGUAUAAAGAUGAGCAAAGAUACAACAUCCGAUUUCCCACUUGCCCUGAAUGCAACACGCAGUGUGAAUACUAUCGUUAGAAAUGUACAGGAGUUUACCGUGGCCAGUGAACGUUACAUUUGCUGUAAAUACGACACAGAUUCAGAAGUGUUUUAAAAAUGCAACCUGUUUCUUUAUUCUUAAACUCGCAAUAAAUUCCCAAACUAAAA